GUUAUCCUCAAAGAAGAGAAGACACAGCCAUUUCUUAUUUAGUUCUUCAAGCCCCAAAAGUAAGAGAAAGGAAGAAAGAAAACACAAAAAACACUCUCGUGGGCGGCCCCGGAAAUCUCAUCGCCAUCGCCACCGCCACUCUCGCUCAGAGAGCUCCGAUUCCCACUCCCCUAACUGCCGAAGCAGAGCCAGAUCUCGGGAGGAAGGGCGUAAAACACGGCGAAGGCGCUCCCGGCAUCGUUCAAAGAGCACCGCAAAGCGAAGCUCCUCUGCAGAGGUUCAGGCCAGCCAAACCCUCCCGCUCUACAGCUUCCUGUCUCCUAAGGAAGUAAUCUCUCAGUCAGGGUCUUCUGCUGACCUCUUUACCAAAACAGACAGCCCGCUUGGCAACCUAGCCAGCCAGAAUGGAGAGUAUCAUGAAUAUGACUCAGGAAACGAUACUUCCUCCCCUCCCUCCACUCAAACGAGCUCCUCCAGGUCAAAGGACAGCCAGGAGAAAAGAAGUCUAGUCCAUGAUGGCUUUGGCCAUGCCUUCUCGUCCGGGAAGCCCAAACUGGCCAACAGCGAUAACAGCUCUGAUUCAGGAAAUUCCUUCACCAGUUGCUUUUCCCAGAGCAAGGGAACAGCUUUGGAAAAUCUAUCUCCAGAUGCCCAGGGACAAGACCGAAGAGGGUGCUUGUCUCCGUGUCUUGGCUGCUCGGAGAAGAAGCGAAACUUCCUCCCGUCCCCAGCCCACAGCUCCCCACUGAGGCCGAGCUCCCGCAGCGAGUCAUAUGCCAGCACGGGCAGGUCCUCUCCUGGCUCCAGCCACUCCAGCCGCUCCCAUUCCUCACACGGCGAGGCCUCCCCCAGGUACUCCCGAAGCAGAUCCUGCUCUUCAGGGAAGAGGUCUUAUUCACGUUCCCCCAGCUAUUCCUCCAAGUCUUGCAAAAGAAGUCCUGGGAGCAGGAGUUCGAGGCCUCGUCGGAGCCCCAGUUACUCCCAUUACAGCCCUGGCAGAGACCGUGAGAGAGAGCACAAGUAUGGCUCUAGUGAGAAGGAGUCGCACAGGGAGCGUGAUCGGAGGCGGCGACGGAGGUCCUAUUCACCCCUGAGGAAACGCAGGAGAGAUUCUCCUAGCCACCUUGAAGCUCGGCGCAUCACAAGUGCCCGCAAACGCCCCAUCCCCUACUAUCGGCCCAGUCCGUCCUCCUCCAGUAGCGCCAGCAGCUAUUCCUCUUGGUACAGCAGCUUUAGCCGCUCUCCGAGCCGGAGCCGGAGCUACUCCAGCUACCGGACGAGCCGGAGCCGAAGCUGGAGCAGCAGCAGUGACAACAGCAGGAGCCGCAGCCGGGCGGCAAAAAACCACCAGCCUCCGUCGCUAGGGAGUGCCGGCGGCAGCGGCUCACACGCCGAUGUUGUCGCUAAAUUCCUGGCUUUCUCUACUUCCUUCCCACCUACCUGGCCAUCGAUAACAAUCAUCCCCGAUACCGAUGUGGUGGCAGUGGCAGGUCCCCCUUGCACAGUUCAGAGUAAGAGCCCUCGUGUACCUGACGCGGUGCAACCCCAGAAGCAGGCAGGGACCUUCGUGGCCUUGCAGAGCAUGGGGGGUACGUCUCAGCUCCCCGGGCCAGGGCCAGAAAGAGGGUCAGGGCUUUAUAGAGGGUCUCUAAUGACAGACCUACUCCAUCCACCCCAUCAUCACCUCUUCCAUGCCGCUCUCCAAGCGCUAGCAGUUGGUCCAAAAGAGAGAAUUUAGUUGCUUGCUUUUCUCCUGCCAAACCAAGAGCCAGCAAAGUAAUUUAUGUUGCAGGGAGAGUCACAGUUAGGGAGGAAUUGGCUGGAAGGCUUUGGUGAUGAGUGGGGGUGAUCCUGUCCCCACUAAGGCAAAUACCAGGGCCCUUGGGUCUCUCCUGCAGAAUUUCUCCCCACUCUGCAGCAGGCCUCUUCCACGAGAGAAUAUUUAUUUGUUGCCAGUCAGCCUGCCCCUGCUAUAAAUAGAAGGCUAGAAAUCCCUCCUGACAUAAUUCCUGGAGAAAAGGAAGUCCUGCCCCUGCUUUCUCCUGUCCUUUCCUCCCAGGCGUGGAUUCAUUUCUCACAGGGUCGUGUUUUAAUCCCCUCCCAGCACUGUGACUUGCUCAUGAGCAUGCUGCAGAGGUCUGACGCAGACACGGGGCCAGGGGGUGCAGAGGGAGCGGGGAGCCGGCACCACCCGGCGCUCUGAGGGGCAGGCGCAGCGCAGGAUGCAGGAGUCGUGGCGCUUAGCUUGGGAUUGCUGUCUUGGAGGACCCCUCUUGCAAUUGGGGGUGUUUGGGGUAUUUCUAAGGGGGUCCUUGCUGGGGACCUGUGCACGGCUGGUGGGACUGUAGGGAGAUACGGAUGCUGGGUUAAUUCCAGUAAGAUACACUAGCUGAGGGGUAUAGCAUGAGCAACACGGUGCCUUUGUCUGCAGUGGCAGCACAGGGGGCUGCCCCGCCGCCCCUACCCCGGAGGGCACAGAUGGUGCAAGCUCCCCGUCCUGUCCCAGGCAGGCCAGCAGCACGCAGCACCCCGCUCGCGGGCAAAGCCAUCGUGCCCUGUGUUUAUGCUGAUCGGCACAAAGGCAGAGGGGCAUCCCUGGGGCUGAGGCCACCCCAUCACAGGGCAGGUUGGUCCUCUGUGGCCUUUACGCUGCUGCGGCAGGGCCCAGCAGGAGCCGGGCGAGAGCCACUUUGGCCAGCCAGAGCGCACAGGGUUAAGAGCGCAUUGCAUGAGCCAGGGGAUCUCAACUCCCCUUUCUCAUAACAGGCAGCAAUUUUAAGCAGCCCCAGGAGGAUUUCAGGAAAUCAUUUCUCCUUGAGGCUGUCAGGCUCUUCUUGAAGGCAGGAUUAGCAGGCGCAGCAGCCCUGGCGCUCCCUCCCCUUCCCCCUGUAUAAGGCAUGGGGACAUUUGCCAUCCCUUGCGCUGCACGUGGCCGGAAGGACUCCGCUCUCGGCUGCGGCCGCGGGGUUAUCGAGCGCUCCCUCAGCUCCUCCUGGUGCUCUUCCCCUGGCUGCAGAGCUGCGGCGGGGAGCACCUGCGCUCCUGGUUUAUCGGUGGGAGGAUGGCACAGAGCAGGGGUCUCUGCUAAUUCCCCAUUUUUCCGAGGAGCCGCUGGCAGUUGGCGGCAGGAGGGCUCUGCUGGGCUCCAGGGCCCUGGGCCCCACGUUUUUGUCUCCCUGCCAGAGUUGCCAGCCCAGCUGGCUGGGCAAUUACUGUGUUUUGCAGGGAAACAAAGGCUUCUCCCAGCGCAGGCUGAGCUGGUGCUGAGGAGUUUCUUUCUCUUACAACACCUGGGUGCUUAGAGAAGCUAAUUUGGGAUUAAGCCUGCCCUCCCUCCCUUUUCCCAUCCCCUCCCCUUCCAUCCGGCAUGCUUAUUAACGAGCUGGAGUUAAUGAGUCAAGGAGGUGUGUCCUUUAAGUGUCACAGAAAAGGGCUAAGUGGAGACAGCAUCUGCUAGAGGAGAAGGAGGGGGAUGGAUACAGAGUUGCAAACUUGCCAGCUACAGCGCUACCUGCAGCCCCGGGCCUGCUGGCACAGGUAAACGGGCCAAGCCCUUGGUGGAGGAAGGCCAGGUGCAGUGUGUUGUUCUCAUGGAUCUGAAUUACCCUCUUAUUAAGCCUAUAAACCCAUGUUAUCUGUUAGCAAGCACAGCAGUGUGGGUUAUAUGUGUACCUGGGCAGUGCAAGAGGCAGUUUUAUGCAGGGGGGUCCCUCUCUGCCAGUAGCCUUCCCCUGCUGAUCCCCUCGGCCUGUGCCUUCAACCCCGAGAGCCCCCCUCUUCUCCAGGCUCAUCCCCCUGCCACGCUCUGUGCAGGUGAUUUGGGGUUGGGGGUAGUGGAGGUGAAAUGUUGCUGCGUGCCUGUACCCACAUAGCAUAGCUAAGGGCUGCUGUCGAGGUCGGUGGCUUGGUGGGGCCACGUGGCCCUCUCCCCAGAGGCCACCCUCCCAGACACAGAAAACGGUGUUUGUGGCAGGGCUGAGCAAGCCCAUCAGGGCUGUGACUGAGGGCUCAAAAGUGGGUGCUCGCUGUGUUGUGAGGUGCUGGUAUAGGCAGCAGCGGGGAGAGCGGUGGGGUGCUGGCGGCCCGGCCCUCGGGCCGGGUGCCCUGGGCACCCCGCUGCUGGCAGACUUCUGCAGCAAGCUCCCUUCUCUGAAAAGGGCUGAAAACCUUGUGCUUCUUCCCCAAAGAGUCUUUCCCAGCUUGAUCUCCAAACACCCUGUCCUUCCGCUCCCUGAGGAGACUUGAUCACACUGACUGGAGACCAAAACCCAAGCCCCAAAUCUAGCGAUUUUACAGGAGUAGCUUUGUGCCCAUUAGUACCCCCUGACACACACGCGCAUCUGUAGCAAUGAAACAGAGAGCCAGGUGGAGAAAAGAAAAGAGAAAAGACAAGAGAAGAGGCUUUGUGCAACUGGUGUAAAUAUCAAGACAUAGCGUUGAGCUGAGUCCCCUGUUGAUGGGGACAGGCGAACAAAGCACCACAACAAGGGGAGCAGCGUACAUCGAUCACGGGAAAGGAGCUGGCUCUGAGGGUGGCGCUGGGCUUACAGCAGCUCCGUACCAGGCCUGCUGAUCCACGCUUCAAGGACUGCCUCCGAUCGUACAGCCCAUGGCAGCUAAACUCUCCUGGGGUUUCCCGAUCAGACUUGUAUUGGAGUAAACCUCUUAAAUUAUUUAUUUAUUAUUAUUAUUAUUCUAUUUUUAAUUGUAUGUCAGAAUGGAUGCAGGUGGUCACCGUUAACAGUAUUUAUUUAUUCUAUUUUUGGGGGAACAAUAACUUAUUUUUGGAUCUGUUUGUUUGUUUGAAUGUAUCCAUGUCACUGUUCAUGCCUAAAGGUUUACAACAUUGGCCUGUGAAUGGCGUGAGCCCUGUGUCUCUGGGGAAGGUGGCUGGAGAAGGGACAGUAGCUCCUGGUACAGCUUGUGGCAGGGCACUGCUGUGAAUGUGUCUGUUUAGUUGUGCUCCCCAGAGCAAGGUGGAAAGUGUGUGAUGGCCCAAAGGAUGCAAGGGAGAGGGUUUUUGUUGUUGUUUGUUUGUUUUUCCUGUUAAAGAUCUAGGGUUUGUCAUUAGAUUUGUACUAGAAACCGAUGGCUGUGAACAGAGGUUCUAGGAUCUCGUAGAGGAUGCGGCAGGAGCCCUGCUGCUUCCUCUGCCUUUCUCGUGAGCGGACGAGCGAAGGGGAUUUGCAGCACUGCAAAGGGAAGUCUUGCCCCGGCCCGCGCUCAUGGUAGCGCUGUACGGGUGCCAGUUGGCUGGUGCCGCUGUUUCCCUUGGCUCCUCAAGCCAGAGCACAACAUGAAACUGAGCUCCUCCGAAAGGCGCUGCUGGUUUCCCUGGGAGGAUGCCGUCGCUAGGACUUCCCUGUGUUUGUUAUGGAAGGACGACCCACCCAUGAAAACCUGAAGAUACGAGAACGUGGGAGAACAAUGCGUCCUGGAAAUGCUUGCAAAAUCAAAUCUCCAGUGACAGGACCUAACCAACUCUCUGUGUGUGCGUGUGUGUAUAGGUAUAUGUAUAGGAGUGUGUAUAUAUGUAUAUGUGCAUGUUUAUAAGUGCAUA